CAGUGCCAGUGCUGCUGCUGCUGCUGCUGCGACUAACUCUUGGCCAUGGCAACGCUUUAGCCAGCGUCAGAGCUCAGUUCAGUUUAGUUUUGGCAGCGAGCGCAGUUCGACGUUGACACAUCUCUCUGCCCCGACGACAGUCGAGCGCCCCGAGCGGACCACGCGCCAGUGCCCAACAACCAGCAGCGAAAGUGUUCAAUAAAAAAAUCAAAAUACAUAGAAAAAAGCGAGUAAUAUUUCCGUGCAACAUAAUUAGCGUUCAAGUGUGCAGAGUUUUGUCGUGCCGCAUUCGAAAAGCAAUAAAACAAAAACGCAAAAACUUUAAAUAAAAACUGUGAAUUACAAAUACAUACGAGUAUAUACGAGUAGCUAUUAAGUACGAAAAGUUCAUUCCAAAAUGCGCGACUAGGCGUGUACGUGAUAUUAACCAAACCAAACCCAAAAAGCCAAAUAACCAGCCGCACAGCCACGACAUUGUUGCGUCUAACAAAAUGAGCCCAACAAUAAUGACGACAUUGAAAUGGCGCCAGAAAUACAAAAGCAGAAAGAGGCCAAAGAAACUGAAACAACGAACAAUUGCAACAAGCACUGCCACAGCAACAGCAACACCAACAACACAUGCCACAAAGGAAACAACAAAAGCAACACGAAGAACCAGCAGACUGAGAGAAACGCGAGAUCAGAGCAGGGAGAGUAGCAGAAGCAGGAGCAGCAGCAGGAGGAGGAUGCUGCUGCUGCAACAUCACAGAAAAUGGCUGCCAAAUGAACGACACAGAAACGUCGUAAAAUUGUUGCAAAUGCAGCCAGCUGCAACAGCAUCAGCAGCAGCAACAACAACAAAUCCCACACAAUGUCAAGCAAUUAAAGCGCCAGCAAAAUCCUCGACAAUGGCUUCCAGCGGCUGGAGCAACAGCCAUUGUCAGUCACAGAAUCAGAGACAGCAGCACCAACGGCGACAUCCAUUUCCGGCGUCGCCACUGACGCUGCUGCUGCUCCUUUUCUGCCUGGGCCUAUGCCUGGGCAUGGCAGCAUCUGCUGGCUCUGGCUCUGGCACUGGCUCGGGCACUGGAGCUGGGACUAGUCCCGGCAAACCUGCCAGUUUGCAAAUGGCACCGGCUUCCGCCUCCAGCUCGGCUACCGGCUGCUCCCUGGCGGAAUACAGCUGCUCGAAUGGACGCUGCGUGCCGCUGAGCAAGUACUGCAACAACCUUAACGACUGCGGCGAUGGCAGCGAUGAGCCGCGCUUCUGCACACGCUGUAAUCGCACCUACUACGGCGAUAUAGGACAGACGUACUCCUUGGAGCUGCAUCGACCCAAACAGGAUCGCGUGCCCUUUGUGUGUGUGCUCACGUUCACGGCGGCAGGCGGCCAGCACGGCGAUGUGGUGCAGGUCACUCUGGACAGCUUCACGAUUGGCAGGUUCACCUCCUACGUGCACGAGGGCUGCCCGGAUGGCUACAUGCAGAUAGCAGAGUCCGCGCGCACACCCAUUGGGGGCAUGUGGUGUGGCAGCUCCUGGGGCCCGGUGCUCUUCUACAGCGAAACGCGUUCGCUCAUCUUUACCAUUAAGCUGAACAGACUGGCGAGGGAUCAGAGCGGCUACAACUUCGAUUUUCGCAUUCGAUACAAGGUGCUGUCCCGCGACAGUGCCGUCACUCGCUAUGGUGGGAUUAAGCUGGCAGAGCUCGCCCAGUGGCACAACCGCAGCAGUUUCCUCAAUCAGCAGCAGCAGCAGCAGCAACAGCAGCAACAACAACACCAACAGGAUGUCGGCAUCUUGGAGGAUUUUACCAACUCCAGUGGCGCACGCUCGGAUCGUUAUGGACAGGACUUUAGUCUAUUCAGCGCUUAUGUCAACAACAAAACGUUUAUGGCAUCCCUAGAGAAAUCUUUGGCCAAGGAUGAGCAAAACUACACCGAACCCAAGUACUAUUUGGGCGAUCUCAUACCGGGCACAUACUGCUCGCGGAUCUUCAGUGAUUGCGAUAAGAAGUCGUGCCGGCUGCAGUCGCCCAACUAUCCUGGCAUUUAUCCAAGGAAUCUCACGUGCUACUAUGCUGUGCGGCAGCACGACGUGCCCCAUGGCAAACAUGCUCUGAUUCUAGUUAAACAGCCGAAGGGUAAUCUCGUUUGGAUCUCGACACAGGAAACGGCGGCGGCCAACAAAAUGGCGCCACCGGCCAGCGUCAGUGACAAGGACAAGAAGUUUGAGCCGAGGCUGAAAACAUGGAAUGACUGCGAUUACAUUCAGGAAAGUGUUAAACCCAGAUGGAAAUCGACGGACUACGUGACCGUCUACGAUGGCUACACCACACGUGACCCCAUCAUAUUGAAGUUUUGCGGCGGUGGCCAAGCCGUGCCAGCGGCCGUUUCCAGCGGCCCCGAAUUGUUGGUCGAAUUCAGCACGUCCCCGUUUGGCACCUUUACGGGCACCUCAUCGCAGGUGCUGCCACUCUACGGGUUCCAGCUGGAGGUCGAAGUUCAAUUUGUGGACAUACAAAGCCCAACGUACUCGAAGAACAAGAAACCCUGCGAGUUCUGGAUUCGUGGAGCGGGUCGCGGCAUACUCGAGAAUCCCAAGCACUCGCUGGCACCGAAUUCCACGUGCCUGUACCAUCUGCAGGGCAUGGGCGUCUUCAAGACCUUCGAUCAUUUGAGUCUGUCGCGUCGCAUCAACAGUCAGUCGGGCAUGCAUCAGCCGCUGUCGCGCUUCAAGGUGUGGAUCUCCGUGUUGAAGUUCAAUUUGGAUCCGGAAUUCGGGCAAAUGGAUGAGACAUCUGUGGGCGCAAUUGGUGUGCUGCAGACCCAAGAGGAUUGCAGCGGCAUGCUGCGCAUAUGGGAUGGCACGCUGAGGGAUCCACCAGUGUGCAAGGAUUUGAAUUGCGUCACGGAGUCCAAUAGCUACAACACUGUCGGGCAUUAUUCCCAUAAUACCACCAAUGUCAUUGCUCGCUUCUGUCGCGGCACCAUACCACGCACCUGCGAUCGCUCCAACAUUAAUGAAACCUACGCCAGACCCUGCACCAUCUCCGAGAGUUACGUGUCCAGCAAUGAUGCCAUUACGCUGGAGCUGCGCAACACCGAAUCCACAGUGCUGAGACCCCUCGACUUCAAGCUCAAAUAUGAAUUCAUAGACCUGCAUCAGGAUGGUCUGCCGUGGGGCGGUGGGGAGCAUGACUGCAAUCGCAAGUUUCUGAGCAGCAUGAUGGACCGCAAGGAUCCGGCCAUCUUUCGCAGCGUGCGGAAUAUCUUUCUGUUUGGCAGAGGCGGCACGCGGCAUCUCAAGUGCAUCUACAAGUUCGAGGCACAGCGGGGUGAACGGGUGCGCAUUAAACUCCGCAAAGUGACGACCACCAAUCGGAAUUGCUACUCACGGCUGGACGAGGACAUCAAUCGUUCGUUUUGCUACGGCGACACCAAUGUGAGGAUUGAGAUCUUUGAGCGUCCGUAUCACGACUCCAUUCUGCUGCAUCGCGGCUGUGUCUGCAACUCCUCGAAUCAGUCGCAUUUGCCCGUGGAAUACACCUCAACGGGUCGCGAUGUGGAGGUGCAUUUUGUGGCCCAAAAUAUGACCACACUGGACGAUCCGGACACGGUAAACUUUGAGGGCAUGUUUGAGUUUGUCAAAGCGCCCACCAGCUGCAAGGAUGGACGUCGCAAGUUCGGACCCAGCGGCACCAUAGACAUGACCUUUGGCGAUGUGGAAUGCCGCUCACGACCCUGGCUGAUUGAGCCCUCGAAUGGCAAUAAAUUUCUUUAUGUGCGCCUCAAGGCCAUCUUUCUCAGCAAAUACAAUCCGACAAAGACGCUGAACUCGACCUACCUGCAGACAGACACUUGGCGCUGCGAGACAAAGUCGCGAGCGGUGCUAACAACAUCGGAAGGUUUGACCAUUGUGGCCUGUCCCUUGAGUCCCGACUCGAAUGGCUAUGAGUUUGUGGAGAUCUUCAGCUCUGGCUGGAAUGAGCGACCCAAUUUUGCGCUCAUCAAUCGCUCGCGUGCCAUCAGCGUGGAGUUUUUGCGACCAGGCAAUGGGGAGUACACCUUCAACUGGAUGGAGCUGGUGCCCAGGCCCACGCUCAGCAUGGCGGAGGACUGCCAAUUCAAGUGCCCGGAGCUAGGGGCCUGCGUGAAUGCCAGCGUCUGGUGUGAUGGCGUUGUACAUUGUCCCUCGGGCGAUGAUGAGGCCUUCCUGCAGUGCUCCGCGCUGAUGAAGCUACCCGUGGAAAUUCUGGCCACGCUUUGUCUAAUCUUUGUGCUCUCGUGUUGUGCAUUUGCGGCUUUUGCUAUCAAAAAAAUUAAGCGCAAAUUUCGUGGCACUUCGGUGCUGCAAACGCGCCUUAAGUCACUCAGUUCCAUGGAUACGGCCGUGCUGGAUGAAAAGGAGAAAAAGGGCAGCGUUGAGACCAAGAUCUAAAAAAGGGAGCCAAAUGCCCGGCCUGGGCCAUAAAGGAGCGAGGGAGCAGAGCAGGGAUCAAAUCAGGCAGAACUCCAAAGAGGCAAAAUAAAAAA